GUUUACCUUCCCUUGUCUUUAGAAUCACAAGAUGGUGGUGGUAGAAGCAGAUGGAAACUAUGUCCAACCAUUUUCCGUCGAAGACAUGGACAUUUACACAGGAGAGAGCUACUCUGUCCUAUUCACUACUGACCAAGACCCCUCCAAGAACUACUGGAUUACAGUAAGUGUUAGGGGAAGGCUACCCAAGUCCCCUCAAGGUCUCACUAGAUUAAACUACCACACAACCUCCGCUACCGAGCUUCCACCAUCGCCACCGCCCAUUUCUCCCCUAUGGAAUGAUUAUAACCACAACACAGCCUUCUCCACCAAAGUUCUUGCCCACAUGGGUGAAGGUCCUAGCUCCAUCAGUUAUGUAGCCCACCCUAGUAGUCACCCUACUAAUGGCUAG